UUUCGAAACCUACGCAGAAUUUUUUAUUAAAAAACCCACGGCCAAAAAAACUUAAAUUUUUCUACAAACUUGACUAACACUGAUACAAAAGUGCAAUGAAGAACGUAAAAUUUGCGUCACAAAAGGUUGUUCUUCUGAUGACUCUCACAAUAAUAAACGGAAUGCCAAUACAAAAUAUGAUUAAACAAAUCAAUUUUAAACAUGAUACUAACAUUAGACAUGAUGUUAUUUUUUUACCACAAGUUAUGCCAGAAGAAGAAAAACAAAAAAUAGAGAAUUUAUUUGAAAAUAUAUACUUACACAUAAAUAGUUCCGACUUAAAAGAAUGUAUAUUUAAAAGCCAACUUAAUAAAGACGGUACUUACGAAGUUGUACUCAAUUUAAACGGUUACGUAGAUUACUUAUUAUUAAGAAAUAUAGACAUACGUAGACUUAAAAUGAACAAAAGUUGCUGCGAUAAAAUUUCUUCCACAACAUAUUACGUAGUUCUAAAAAACUUAGAGCUUAUUGGAGAACCUUGUAAAUGGAAAAAGUGUUAGUGCGCAAAAUGAUUUUAAUAUCAAGCCGGAUAAUUUUUUAGAUAUGUAUAUAUAACUUUUAAUAUCUAUAUAGUUAACUAUAUACUAUUUAUUUUCUAAUAUAUUUAUUUCUUGUUUUAGCUAAA